AUGGGAAAGCCAGCAACUCGUUCAGCAAACAAGUAAGUAUUGUGUAACACAUCUCUGAAGUAAUAUUUUUUUCAGAAAAAAGGAAGUUACCAAAACGAUCACAAAAGGAACGAAGCAUGUGAAUUCGGAGAUUACCGAUUGGUUGACCAAAUUCAAGGUAAAUUUUUCUUUUCAUAUUAUUCAUAGUUUAGGGGAUGCCCGCGGAUUGUCAAAAAGAGGCACUCAAGGUUCUGUUGGGCGAGUGCUCUCAAAAACAGUUGUUGGAGAUCAACGAAGCGUGCUCGUUGAAACUUUUGCGCGAUGUUGUUGGAGAGUCUUCAACGGACGUGGCUCGUGAAAUAAUGAUGUACUUGGCGCCAAAGGAUUUAUUCAAUUGUAUGCUGGUGAACAAAAGGUGGAACAAGUUGGCGUCCGAUAGCCUAAUAUGGAAGUUGAAGUGCAAGGAGUGCGGAUAUGGUUAUGGAACAAGCACAGCGUAAGGGAAUGCAGUGUUUUGGAUAAAGCUCUCUGUUUUGUCUAGUAUAAUAUAAAUUUUAGCCCGGUUUCGAGGAAGAGGAAACUCCGUAGGUCGGCCAGACGUCGCGAAGCGGAAGGAAGGAACCAAGCCGUCGAUUGGUUUCAAACCUUCCUUUAUCACGCCCAAAUCCGCGGCAACUGGAUCAAAAACAGCCCAAAGACAGACUUUGUUGUCCGAGUCGGAACGAUGGCUGUUACUGCGGUCGCCACCAAGGAUGAUCUCGUGGUUUGUGGGACAGAGAGCGGAGAUUUGUUGGUCUUCAGCACUAUUAUGCAAAAGGUAAAAUGUCUUCUAAAAUGGAGCUGGGACGAUUGGGGGAACAGACGAUCCAACAAGACCAGGUGAUUGGCUAAAAUUUCAAAACAAUACAUCAAAAAUUAUGUUAUCCAUGAGGAAAAUGGGACUGGGACGAUUAGGGAAACCGAAAAGUAAUAUUUUUCUUCGAUGCAAGUGAAGAAAUUAGGAUAAUCGAGCGUGCUGAUUUCGAAAAUGACAUUGAUUUUUAUUUUUUUUGAUCUUUACUUUUUUUCUUACGAGGGAAUGGUCUGAACUUCCCCCAGCGUUUCGGAAAAUGACUGGUACAGGUGGAUAGAGCAGCUCAACUUUGGUAAAAAGAACCAUUUUCCAGCUGCGGAAUAAGCCCGGCCGACGAGAAAAAUCGACCGAAAGUUCCACAAAAAUUUCCUCUUUCUCUUCCCUCGGAAAAGAAGAGCGGUGUCCAAUGGUUCGGUUGGCCGAGUGGAUAAAGCGUUCGCUCGGUAUUCUUUUGGGGGUUGGUUCGAUUCCGGGGCAGCGCGAAGGACCGUGAUAAGACUUUGGUGUGAGCAAGAUCAAACUCUUAUAAAACAAAAAAAUAUUUUGGCAUUUUUAUACGUUUUAUAGAGGGGCACUAUACCGAAAACACAAAUAACCGUGAUUUUUUUUUGGAUUUUUCCAGACCUACAAAGCGUUGAAAAGUCGAAGUCAUACAUGUUUGGUCAUAGAUAAGGGUAUCUCUAUCUUUUUGAAACGGACUGUACCCACCAUUAGUAUUGCUUAAAAUUUUUUGUAUAACCUAUAAAGUCUUAUUACGGUCUUUCGCGCUGCCCCGGUAUGACUUCGACUUUUCAACGCUUUGUGGGUCUGGUAAAUCCAAAAAAAAAACAUUUUUUCACGGUUAUUUGUGUUUUUGGUAUAGUGCCCCCUAUAAAACGUAUAAAAAUGCCAAAAUAUUUUUUUGUUUCAUAAGAGUCUGAUCUUGCUCACACCAAAGUCUUAUCGGUCCUUCGCGCUGCCCCGGAAUCGAACCAACCCCCAAAAAAAUACCGAGCGGACGCUUUGUCCACUCGGCCAACCGAACCAUUGGGCACCGCUCUUCUUUUCCGAGGGAAGAGAAAGAGGAAAUUUUUGUAGAACUUUCGGUCGAUUUUUCUCGUCGGCCGGGCUUAUUCCGCAGCUGGAAAAUGGUUCUUUUUACCAAAGUUGAGCUGCUCUAUCCACCUGUACCAGUCAUUUUCCGAAACGCUGGGGGAAGUUCAGACCAUUCCCUUGUUAAGUAGUACUGUAAAGUUGUAAUUUUUUUGAUUUUUUUCAUGAAUACUCGAUUUGGGGGUUUUCGAUGGUGCUGUUUCAAAUGAGAAAAAAUGAAUCAGAUCUUUGAAAUCAGCACCGCCGAAAACUCGUAAAUCGAGUAUUUGUGAAAAAAAUUAAAAAAAUUACUACUUUACAGUACUAGUCAAGGAAAAAAGUAAAGAUAAAAAAGAAUGUCGUUUUCGAAAUCAGCACUCUCGAUUAGCCAAAUUUCGACACUUUGAAAAAAAAAAAUUUCGGUUACCCCAAUCGUCCAGCUCCGCGCAAAAUUUGCUCGAAUUUUGCCCUUUUUCACGCUUGAAUGCUCGAUUUGGGGGUUUUACGGUGGUGCUGCUUUCAAAUCAAAAAAUGAAUAAGAUUUUUGAAAUCAGCACGAUCGAAACCCCCUAAAUCGAGCAUUUAUGGAAAAAAAUCAAAAAAUUACUACUUUACAGUACUACUUAAGAAAAAAAGUAAAGAUCAAAAAAAAAAAAAUGAUUGUCAUUUUCGAAAUCGGCAUCUUCGACUAUCCUAAUUUCGACACUUGCAUCGAAGAAAAAUAAUACUUUUCGGUUUCCCCAAUCGUCCAACUCCGGUCUAAAAAUAAAGUCGGUUUUUAGAAGUUGCGAACGAUUCAUGCCCACACCGAAGAAGUCCAUGAUGUCUACAUUCUGGAGGAUGGAGAACGGGUUGUCAGCGCUUCAUCUGACAGAGAUAUAACCGUUCACAACGCCCGCGGCGGUCGUCGUUUGGCGACGAUCCGCAGAAACCCCGAAGAAUCCGUGGAAAUGAUGUACGACAACAAUUUCAUUGCCGCAUACUACGAUAAUGACAUGGUUCGCGUGUUCGACAUUGACGCAGCGUCUGUGUUGGCAAAUUUCCGAAUGAAUCCUUCGAUUUCGUCCAUGUUUUUCGUCGGUGGGAAGAUUUUGUUUGGCCUGCGUGAUGGGCAAGUGCAGUUGUUUGACAAAUCUGGGAAGAAAGAACGAACUUAUGAAAGCCACCAUUGCGAAGUCGACGCUCUUUAUGUAAGUUUUUCUUUAGUUUAUAUUGUCCAUGGUUUAGGUCGACUUACCAGACGAAUUGAUGGCUUCAUGUGGGGUCAGCGGAAUCAUAUAUCUUCGCAACUACACUACCGGCGAACUGAUCAGAACCUUUGAUUGUCAACGCUCGUCGGAGAUCCUCUUUAUCCGCCAACACAAGCUGAUCUCGAUCGGGACCGACGCAUGUGUGUGGGACUGGAAAAGCGGCGAAGUCUUGGCCACAAUCGCCGGAAAAGACAUGCACAUGGACGGAAUUGAGAAGAUGGAGUUUAUUGGACAUGAUUUGGUCGCAACUGUCGGCAAUGACUCAACGGUGAAGUUGUGGAAUAUCAACACAGGCAAGUGUAAUGUAAUAUUUCUUCAAAGGGAACUAUUAGAAAGUUUGAUUCGCCGAGAUUUUUAGGAUAAGAGUGAAAUUUUUUAAAAUUUUUUGGGAACCCGAAAAAUUUAAUGAUUUCAGGAGAAUUUGUGAGGAAUGUAGUGAACCGGGGACCACGAUCCGAUGUGUUCUACAUGCACGCCACCGAGACCACCUUGGUUUUCGUCUGCGAAGAGGAAGACGAACGCAAUACGCUGGGAUUCCUCAACUUUGACACACCAUAA